AUGGCUGUGGGCAUCCUGCGCGCCGCCAGGAGGGGAGCAGCAGCUGCUGCAGCAGCAGGAGCGCAGCAGCAGCAGCAGCAGCAGCGGGGCCGGUGGGGCUGCUGCUGGGGAGGGGGCGAGGCCUGCAGGAGCAGCAGGAGGCCGGGCAGCAGCAGCAGGGGCGCAGCAGCAGCGGGGCCGGAGCAGCAGCAGCAGCAGCAGCAGCAGCGGCGGGCGGCAGCAGCAGCGCGGGCCGCAGCGGCGGAGGGCCAGGAGGGGCGCGUUGGGCGGGGGCGGCGGGGAAAGCCGGGAGGCGCAGCAGCAGCAGCAGCAGCAGCAGCAGCAGCAGCAGCAGCAGCAGCAGCAGGCGCCGCGGCGGCCCGGGCGAGGCCGCGGGAUUCCAAGUUGCGAAAAGGCCGAGAGACAACUGGAAAGAAGAAAGGAAAGAUCCGGGAGAAUUGA